AUGCCGAUACCUAUACUCACUUCUCAGUCUACUUAUGCGGACUUCUAUGUAAAGUAAGUAAUCGUGUUAGUGUGAUCCAUUCUUUCUUCUCCCUAAGAUUCCUACUUCCUAAUAAAUUCUGCUUAUUUGCCGAAGACCUGACGGCAGGUUGGCCUGCACGCAAGCUCUGGACCAGAACCGAUGAUACGGUCAACAUUGAUGCACUACUUGAGGGAUUUAAGGGUACAACAAUUAUUUUGCCCGCCGCUUAACACAGCGCGGUUCAGAUGAAGCGAGCCUUUGUGUUGCCGACUGUCGUCGACUAGAGUUUGGCGCCCAUCCAACUUUUAACCUUUCGCCCAGCGAGUAUCUCGCCUAUUGGAAGUCACGAGAGGGACAUGAAGGCGAGCAGUUGCUUUACUUGAAGGACUGGCACUACUUCCGGUACGCGAGAUGUUUAGCUGACGGUAGUGGGUGAAUCUUCCGUAGAGGGCACGAACCUUCUCUGUUUUUUACGGCGCCCGUCCACUUUUCGUCGGACUGGUUGAACGAAUUCUUCGCUUUUCGCACCGAUGUUGACGACGACUUUAAGUUUGUCUAUGCCGGUCCGAAGGGCACGUGGACGCCCCUGCACUCGGACGUCUAUCGGUCCUACAGUUGGUCAGUCAACGUGGUCGGUCUGAAACGUUGGUGGAUGUUUCCUCCAGGUGAAGUGCCGCUUCUUUGUUGUCGGUGGUUUUCAUUUGACGAUUUUCCUUUCUUGAUUCUUUUGUGGUCUCUAACGGCAGACCUCACUUUGCUUUACACGGCAUGUUCCUUUCGAUGAGACUGACAUGCAACAGUUCAAGUUCCUAAACGGGAACGGGUACUAGAGUUGUAAUGUUGCGGCGAAAGCUCCAAAGUUUAACGGAAAAAUCCAACCAAAUAGGUUGCUACAUUUGCCGAGGAGCAACAUUAACGGAGAAACGAGAAAGAAAUUGAAUUCCAAUUCGAAUUCAUUUUGCAUUUUGGACUUAGUAUAAACCACGUCAGGACGAAAAAUAGGUGCUUUUACGCAAUUAAGCGACCCGACUGAUCUUCUUCUCCUCCUCCUCCUCCUCCUCCUCCUCCUCCUCCUCCUCAUUCUUCUUCUUCUUCUUCUUCUUCUUCUUCUUCCCCUCCCUCUCCGACACUUCGCGUCUCUUUUUGGCGAAAUCUCAAAGCCAGUUGCCUCUCGCGGUCUUUUUGAAGUCUGUUUUGAUGUUCGCUUUUCAGUCAUUCAUGCAGUUCGAAACAACAGCCAUCUGGCAUGUUAUUAAGAUCUCUACCCUGAUUUGUACAAAAACCGAAAAGUAACUAGUAUGAACUACUUAGUUCAUGACAUUGUACAUCAAUGUGUUUAGUGCAAUGGACUGAGAAGAUGAUCAGUCGAAGGCUACCAUACGGGAAUUUAAUGGAUAUACUGCUCUGUUCGUUAGCAUCACAACCCGACUGAACUGGUGAACUGCGUAACACAACCGACUUUCGCGUCUUUGGUUACUAAAGUAUCUAAGGCUCCUCUGGUCCAUGUCAGUGUCCGUCAUUUUUGGCCUCGUUUCAUCGUCGCGUGAUCGGCAAAACUCUGAGUCUGCAAAGCUUGCGUUCGCCCAAGUUUGUCUUGACGAGAAUUUGGUUUUCGAGACUGACCACUACCAGCUGCUCAAGUCAACCAGCCCAAUUAUACAAGGAAGUUCACAUCUAGUGGGUCAGCUGGUCGGUACCCUUCUCUCCCUGCACUCCGCGACAGCCGUGCGGGUUCAAGCCGACGACAUGGAGAGAACAAAAUACAAGUAAUUAGCAAUCACGACAUCCACCGCCAUUCAAGCCCUGUUUUUACUCAAAAGCUUUAGGGAAGGACAUCGCGCUUGCUUGUUGAACACCCGGAAAUUCCACCGUCCCUUUCACCACCAGUUGCAUCUCAUUUAUGGGCGAUUCGCGACCUUGGCGGGAGUAGACCCUGCGACAGUAAGGGGUGGCUACGACUCGGUUGGCGCUAUAACCACCUGAGCGAUGAAAUCCCAGCCGUAGUUCUUGCUUUUUUCAUUUGAUCUGAAAAUGGUUGCUGAGGCCACGGAUGGCUAUUCUAUGCAUAGGUUGCACCUGUUCUGAUGCUGUGAACUCUGGAGCCGGCCACACCAACAGUGUUCCUAACUUUUCAAACAAGCAAGCUUGCCCGAAGCUCGCACCCACUCGCACUAGCUGUUCGAUUUGUUUCUCCUCCAUGGUCUGAGAUUCUACGACUCAUCCGGCUUCCGGGGAGCACUGAUAAACCCAAGGUUUCUUCAACUCUUAACCCGUCAAGCAUUAGUGUCCCUUGUGCAAUUCUGAACGACGAUCGCCGGAUUUGAUGUCGCUCAGAACCAUGCUAAGUUGGCCGAUAGUUAUUGUCAUGCGGUAUGAUAGUUGACCCACUCAAGUCGACUAGGUCUACCGUUACUCUGGAGAAGGUUAUAGACGACGUCGAGUACAGUAUGACAUUUCGACCGUCGUUGCCGACGAUGCCCGCCGUGUGCUCCGUACCAAGGUGCAACAGGCACGGUGACUUGCGCGUGAUUCAGUUUAUAGUGAUAGUAGACGCGCAGCAUCUACCGCACUCUCUCUUCCCCACUCCCCACCUGGACCCGGUGUCAAGACAGAGUUAAGAAGACCGGGGUGGGGAGGACUCAGGUGGAUGGCGCAGUCGAGCCCGCACCUUGGCAUUCCACUCCCCACCCCCCUUGUCCACACAGAAAAUGACCAGGUUUUUGACCAACAACAACAACACCCCAACAGGGGUCAGAAGGAUGAUGAUGACUGGGCGGCCAUGCCCACCACUUGCAUACCCAGCGGGAGCGCAAGCGCAUCUACCGGCAGGGAACCAGGUGUCAGGGAACUGCCAACGCAUUCCAGACUGCGAGGGCUAUGGUUUGCUGAUACUGACAUAACAUACGCCUUCAGAACAUAUAACGUCUUACGCACAUACAGUUUACUAUCAGCUAGCCCCUUCGGAUAAUUUUCAUCCCAUACGUGAGAAGUCCCGUGAAGUAACCAUGGCAACCCACAUACCUCGGUUGCUUCAUUUAGUGUUCCACAUGGCCUCUGAUAUUACUGGGGGUCCUUGACUGUUUCUAUCAAUUUUGUUCGUCAUUAGGUGAGGAGAAAAAGUUACUGUCGGUGCAGGGCCAUCUACCGCCGGACAUACGCGAUCGCCAGUUUGCCUCCCCAGAUCAGGAUUCCGACCUCGCUAGAUGCUACAUCUUUGAACAACUUCCCGGCCAGGCUGUGUUUGUCCCCUCCGGUUGGUAUCAUGAAGUCCUAAAUUUGGUAGGUUGCCCGAUUCCCCUUGCUCACAGAAACGCCGUUCUUCCGCAUUUCUGCCUGGAGUGACCUCCGUUUCCCCAACAGACUGACUGCGUCUCGAUCAAUCAUAACUGGAUCAACGCCUGCAACGUGAACCUUGUUUGGAAACAUCUUCAGCACCAGUUGUGCGAAGUCAAGACCUCCACCGCGGACGUCAAGUCCACGCCGGGGUGGGCGGAGGCCUGUCAGGUAGGGUGAUCAACGUCUGUGUCAGCAAUGUUACCCAGUAAACCCCAUUAGCGGGGGAUUUAAGCCAGCUUAUCACUCCUUUCGCCUUCUUUCUUUUUGUUGCAAUCGGAAGUUUGUUACCUUUUGACAUAUUUUUAAGCUGGAAAUAAGACCUCGCUGUCGCUAUUAAUGGGAUUGACGCCUAGUUCCGGCUUAAGACGGGCAUCUAAGGGGUUUUACAUCUUGUCAUUUUUUCCACACUAUCAGUAUGGGUCGCCUAGCAGACAAGGUCAGUUGCCAUUGCAUCGUUAACCCUUGAACUUGUGUGAUUCGAACGAACGCGCUCACCGAGGCGUUUCGAAGGAUAUGGAAGCGAGACCUGCACCAAAUGUUCGCCUAAACUUCCCGUAUUUGUGUUCGCUGGUUCACUAGUAUGAUCGACACUCACAACACAGUUUAGGCGGUUGCCACUGUCUGCUAAUAUUUGCCGUACUGUAGACAAUGAUUGACAUCGAAAGUACUUUUAUAGGUGCCUGUGGUCGAAAAACAACCUCACGUCGCCGCGUGUAUCACCCCAGCAUCCCUUCAACUUCCCCUCCGAGACCACCUUGAUCGCUGCGAGGUCGGUACAGAGGUAAGCUGAAAGACUCGGCGGAGAAGUGUCCUUCAAAGAGGGGGGGGGGAGAGGUUUUUGUUCGGUUCACGUGACAUCCUGGGGAUUGGGGCCAAUUGACGGACGGUGAUUGUAGAGAACACCUCCCGCUUAGCUUUUUGUAGGUCUGCUUUAAAAACUGACGGCUUUAGACUAGAAAACUCCAGCUUGCACAGAGGCUCUCGAUGGAAAGCUCGGAGGACAGAUAUGUUCGUCUGGAAACAGAGGUCAAUCGGUUUGUUUUAUUAGCAAACAGGGAAAUUCGCCUAAUCGGCACGAGCUUUCAAAGCCUCGGGAGUCAAUGCCGACUACGCGAUGCGACUACGACUUGGACCCCUCAAUUUAGGUUUAGUCAGUGGGCUCCACACGCCGGAGAAUGCCAUUUUAGAUCUAAUUCCAUUAACUGGUUCUCCUUUUUGGCUGUCGCGAUGACUGUUCCGGUUCAGACAAGGUCCCAGAAAGGUAGCGUCUCGUACGGACUGACGGAGUUUACUAUGAAGCCAUCUACAGCGACAACUACAGCCUUAUUGAUAGACGGUGAAGUGCUAAGCUCUAGACAUGCUCGGCUGGCCAGAGUCGCAUUAUUUUCUCAGAUCUCAGCCGUUGUAAAAUACCGCACUACCUACUAUAAUUAGCACUCCCCGGAUUCGCCAUCGGUCGUAAUUGGUACGAUGAUUACUCGCUCGUCCACAUCAGGGUCGUUGAUUGCCGUAAUUUCGUUACUGGCGUUGAUCAAUGGCGCAAUAAUGACUCGGCAACUGGGCUCGCUGAUACUGCCAUUGGAGGUGGAGUUUGCCUGCACCCCGCCCACAUGGCCAGUUAUUCUGCCCAGGCAAAGUUUAAGGGCUGAAUAAGGAGGUAGAGGGUCAUUACACCUGCUCAUCGACUGCGGCCCGCAGAACCACGGCUGGAGCAGCUCUCGGCCCGCGCGGUUGUCACCUAGCAAAAAAAUUGCGUUCUCGUCGACCUUGAAGGGCUAGCCGAGUCCCUUCAAAUGACCUACGAUCCCAGUGCUGGCGUCAUUCUCCCUGGUAGUUUCCCCUCAGUGAGAUGUAGGUGAGCUGAGGUUUUGAGAAGUCACUUGAUGCAUUUCGUCGUUCUUGCGGCGCGCAGCCGCUGGGUGCUACCCUACUUUUAAGUCAAAUUUACAUGACUCGGUAACUGCGGUAAAGGACUGACUACGCUUCGUCAAAGGAGGUUUCGAAUGCGGUACUGUCGUCGGGACAUCCAUGGUUUAGGUCGAGAAGGUGCUGACUACAUGAACGCACUCCUGGUUGUGAAAUACUAUGACUGUUGGGCAAACCCUGUACUGCCGUCAUAAUACUGGUUCCGAGUUGUUGUUCAUUCUGGUUGCUCGGCCCAUGAGCCGGAGGGGGCAUGUAAUCCGUCUUCAAGACCUUCUGUCCUACGAGGCGAUUGCUGCAACGACAUUAAGGAUGCAGACAGUCGUUUUCACCAGAGACUAUCGUUAUUGUUCCAGAAUCCGUUGAGAGCUUUUUUCAGCUGAAAAUCUUGUUUAUGCAUCACUGGAUGAAUGCUCACGAGCAUCUUUCUAGCGAUUGCAGUGACUCGUCCCAGCAUUCUUCGUUGUUGGCGAAUGCGACGUGGAACGACAACACUUCGUCACACCUGUUGAGAACUCAAAUCUCUCAGCAUCUUUGUUAGAUGUCGGCCGCCGGUCUGUUUUGACCGUCGACUUCAUCCUAUCGAGGUCGCGUAAGUCUGUUUUUCGCGUUUAGGCAGUGCGCUAAAGGCGAACUUGCGGGGGGGGGGUCGCGCUAGACGUGACAGGCAGUCAACUGCUCCUCGCAGGACCUGGCAGUCGGUCCGCCAACGACGGCAGGCCAGAGGUCUGCCGUCGUUUAGUCGUCUGCCUGUCCCUUGAACUGUCUUCCAACCAGCGUCGAAGAAGCCCUUGGAAAGUCCCCUUAUUGUCGAGGGCGGACGUAGUCCAACAUGAUUUUUAGGCAAAUCAGAAGACGGCAGGAGAUCAGGAAGACGUAAUUUAUUGCAGUGGAGGGGGGCGGACUGGUGCGUGGGUCCAGGAGGAGACGCUACGUGGUUACUUCCCACCCGUUUGAGUGAGAUAGAUUAAUCACAUUUCAGUCCAUCUGCCUCGGAUUUGUUGAAAGUAUUCGUACUCUGCACGUACACGCUUCUCGCUUUUUGCAUUUGGCAGACUUUUCAACGUGCGGGAUAAUUUACUCCUCCCUGUUCGCGAAUGUAGUCCCGUCUGCUGUUGUGCAUGGGACUGGCCACUUGGAUCACUAGAACUGGUUUUACUUCGACAAAACUUUGAAAAACUCGGUACCUCGAUCGGAUUCGAACCUGGGAGGCUUUAGUACAACCAAACGCUCUAACCAUCUGAGCUACGAAGCCCCACCGGACGACGCGAGUUUCAUCACAUUUGGGUCGAGUUUACCCGCCCAACCUACUGCAACGUCUAGAAUCCACCAAAUCUCAUACAGUAAGCCGACUGCCCAAGCAGGAUUUCCUAAGUUGGGCGGUAAACUCGACCCAAAUGUGAUUAAAAUCGCGUCGUCCGGUGGGGUCUCGUAGCUCAGAUGGCUAGAGCGUUGGCCGUACUAAAGCCUCCCCUUUCUGUCGUAGGUUAGAAUCCCACCGAGGCACCGAGGUUUUCACAGUUGGGUCAAGAUGAAUUAUUUGAAAUCGGCCAUAACACAUAUGAAGGACUGAUUUCCUUUCGAUUGUCUGUGCUAUCUUUAUAACACCGUUUUCAGACAGAGCUCGCCUGUUUUUGGCCAGUUCGACCCUGUUUCAAUCCGAGCUUUUCGCUUGCGCUUAUCAGUGGCGUUUAGAGUUUCUUGUUAGCGGGAGAGAGUACUGACAACAUUCAGGGAGACUGGAGUGGCUGUUUUCGGCCUUUUUUGCUGUCCUCAGCCAACCACAGGCUGGGUACUCCUUCCUGCAUCAUUACCUGUUGCUCUGCGACUUCCUGCACGUUCUCAAGUUUCGGUCCGGCAUUCCCAACAAAAAUAUUAUGUUAAGUGUGUAUAUUACUGACAACAUUUUAGUACCGUGUUUAUUUAAAGUUAGACAUUGCAUGUACCAUUUAACAUAGGGUUUUCAAAGGCAUUGCCUAUUACUCUUAAAAUAUACUGACCUAGGCUGAGUUCUCAGGCGCAACGGGACCAGACUGGUGAACGACAAUGCCAAAAUAAACACUGUUCCGAAAAGUUUGUUCCAUUCAAAACAAAAGUUGACUCCCUUCUGUGUUCCACGGAUCAGGCGUCAAUCGGGGUGUUUUAACAGCACCUUCUCUGCUCGUAACUUUCAGGAUUGUUUAAAGGCUUGGGAAGGUUGGAAUUACGCCGAAUUCUUCCUCCUCCUGAAGUACGUCCUCCUUUCGAGAUGGAUGCGCCUGUCGGGUGAAAAGCUACGAGCAAAGUUACCCCCUACCGCUCUGGACUCCGGCGCCGGACCUACCACCUUCCGGAUCCUGGAACUGCGUGUGGAUACACUGCUCUCCGACCUUGCCAAAGCUGAUCCGGAUCUUGUCACACAUCUUCGUGAUGCAGCGCGAUCGAAUGGCCCGGCAGAUUUCCUAAACAAGGGGAUACCCUCCGCAGCGGACCCCUCUGACAAGGUUGAGGAGUGGAUUAGGUGUCAUGACUUGUCGGAAUGUGUGCGGACGCUGAAAGACAUGUUUUCUGACGCCGACUUCCUCCAGCUUGAUCUGCCCCAAAGGGAGCCUUUGCAUUGGCUGUGGAAGGCCACAGGCAUGAUGUCGUAG